ACCUAUACACAGCUCAUGAAAUGCUGUGUGGGGAACGAUAAAACUUGGGUGUGUAGGUCAACAUUUCGGACCCCGUCAGACACUGUGAAGCCACGGGCUGUCGUGAUGUCGGAGCCCAAAGCGCCCACCCCGGCCCCUGGGGACACCUAUAAAGGCUGGCUCUUCAAAUGGACUAAUUACAUAAAGGGAUACCAAAGGCGCUGGUUCGUCCUCAGCAAUGGCUUGCUGUCUUAUUACAGGACCCAGGCGGAGAUGGGUCACACAUGCCGGGGCACCAUAAACCUGGCAACAGCCAAUAUCGCCGUGGAGGACUCCUGCAAUUUCGUCAUCUCUAAUGGUGGCACACAGACGUAUCACCUGAAGGCCAGCUCAGAGGUGGAGCGGCAGCGGUGGAUCACAGCACUGGAGCUGGCCAAAGCCAAAGCUUUCCGCAUGCAGCCUGAAUCAGAUGAGUCUGGGGAUGACUCCACUCCUCCUGCAUCAGGUCAGGGUGCAUGCUCACGCAACUCAGAAGUGCAGUCCACCCUCCGGACGCUGAGCAGCAAGGUGGAGGAUCUCAGCACCUGCAACGACCUCAUCGCCAAACACGGCUCUGCUCUCCAACGGUCCUUGUCUGAGCUGGAGGGAGUUCGGCUGGGAGGAGAGACAAGUGAAAAGUUUCGACAGGUGACGGAGCGAGCCACUCUCUUCCGCAUCACCUCCAAUGCCAUGAUCAACGCCUGCCGGGACUUCCUGGCAUUGGCUCAGACUCACAGUAAGCGCUGGCAGAAAGCCCUGCAGUCCGAGAGAGAGCAGAGAGUGCGACUGGAGGAGACACUGGAGCAGCUCGCCAAACAACACAACCAUCUGGAGAGAGCCUUCAGAGGAGCGACCGUACUGCCUUCAUGCCAGAGCAACCCUUCCAUAGAUAGCAAAGGCCCAGCUCCAGUAAAGGGUGAUGCCAGUGACGAGGAUGACGAGAAUGAGUUCUUCGACGCAUGUGAGGACGUUCAAGAGUUCAUCACUGUACCAGCAGACCCCAAAUAUCACAGGAGAUCUGGCAGCAAUGUCAGCGGAAUCAGUAGCGAGCUGGGAAUGGACGAUGGGACGACGUCGCUAGACGAGCAAUCUCUGGCAUCCAAUCCCGAAUCGCCACAGUCCCAGGAACUAGUGCCUGUGAGAAAGAGGCGGAGCCGAAUCCCAGAUAAACCAAAUUACUCUCUCAAUCUAUGGAGCAUCAUGAAGAACUGUAUCGGAAAAGAACUCUCCAAAAUCCCUAUGCCUGUAAACUUCAACGAGCCCCUGUCCAUGCUGCAGCGUCUCUCUGAGGAUCUGGAGUACUACGAGCUGCUGGACCGGGGCGCCAAGUGCCAGAACUCUCUGGAGCAGAUGUGCUAUGUGGCAGCUUUCACCGUGUCCUCUUACUCUACUACAGUUCACCGCACGGGCAAACCCUUCAACCCUCUGCUGGGCGAGACAUUUGAGCUGGACCGCGUGCAGGAGAGCGGCUACAGGUCCCUCUGUGAGCAGGUAAGCCAUCACCCUCCGGCUGCAGCCCAUCACGCGAUCUCCGACCGAGGCUGGACCCUGAGACAGGAGAUCGCCCUGGCCAGCAAGUUCAGGGGAAAAUAUCUCUCCAUCAUGCCCCUGGGUUCUAUUCAUUGUAUUUUUGAGAAGAGUACCAAUCACUACACCUGGAAGAAAGUCACAACCACUGUGCACAAUAUCAUUGUUGGGAAACUCUGGAUAGAUCAGUCAGGCGAAAUAGACGUUGUGAACCACAAAACAGGUGACCACUGUCAUCUCAAAUUCGCACCGUACAGCUACUUCUCCAGAGACGUGGCCAGAAAGGUCACGGGGGUGGUGACGGAUAAAGAUGGGAAAGCGCACUAUGUCCUGUCUGGGACGUGGGACGAGAAGAUGGAAUACUCUCGUGUGAUGCAGAGCAGCAGAGGGGGAGAGAACGGCGCUGACGGACGACAGAAAACCGUCUAUCAGACACUCAAAGCCAAAGAACUGUGGAGGAAGACUCCGCUGCCGGAAGGCGCAGAAAACAUGUACUACUUCUCGACCCUGGCGUUGACAUUGAAUGAGCCGGAGGAGGGCGUUGCUCCCACAGAUAGCAGGAGGCGGCCAGACCAGCGUCUGAUGGAGCAGGGCCGCUGGGAGGAGGCCAACGCUGAGAAACAAAGACUGGAGGAGAAGCAGCGCACUGUCCGCCGAGAGAGGGAGCGAGAGGCCAACCGCACCGCCAGCCCUUCAGAGGAGGGUAAGGAGCCAGCGGACGGGGCUCUCAUUGAGGACUCCAUAUCUGAUUCGCCUCUAAAAACCGAAGAAGUGGAGAUUGCCAGUGAGCCAUCUGAGACCACUUACAAAACUGACACAGAUGAAACUUCCUCCGAUCUUUCGCUAUCAACUGAAACACUGCACGGCUCACACCCACCUGCAUACUCAAUGGAGGGUCCUUAUGGAGCUCAAGUCAAAAGUGGUCAUCAGGAAAACUACACGCCGAUGUGGUUUGAGCGGCUCGUCGACCCGAUGACGGGAGAGACCACGCACAUCUACAAAGGAGGAUACUGGGAGGCCAAGGAGCAGGGCAGCUGGGACUCCUGCCCAGAUAUCUUCUGAUCCCAAUCACGCACGUGCCCCGCCGUGUCCUCACUGUCCCGUUUCCCAGAAAAACAAAAAAAUGAAAGCUCAAUCAGCUGCCCCCAUCUCUUUUCCCGUAUCGUAGUAUAUUGAGAUACGCGUUCUCUCUUUCACCAGCCGCGCUCUACUCAGUGGACAAUAAGGAACACCGAAGUGGUUCGGGAACGUUCUCCCACCACCAUCCACUGUGUGUCUCUCUGUUUUCCUCGUGUUCACAGAAUUAUUAAAACAUAGGGUUCGUGGUUCAGUAAAUGCUAGAGUUAGGAAAACAUAUCCUUCCGAAUCCCUUUCCUGCUCACUCAUCUUCCUCAAGCUGUGGACGGCACAUCCUUAAACAUCCGGGAAAUACGAAGGCCUGUUUGAUUGCGUGUGUGUGAAUUCGUGCAUGUGUGAGUGAGUUCAGAGAAGCGCUGUAUUGCUCUUUUCAUUGAGCGUGUUUGAGUGAGAGAUGUAGUUUGAGAGCUCGCCUUAGUUUGUGGAAUUUAAAGGAAUGGUUUGCACAAAUAUGAAAGAUCUGUCAGUGAUUACUCACCACCUUAUUUUUUUAUUUGCAAUAUAUGCAGCUCUUUUCUAUACAACGUCCACUUGUCAUACACCAUAAAAAUAGCGAUUUGUGAUGCUAUAUUCCAAGUCUUCCAUAUCUAUAUGCUAGUUAUGUGCAGGAAAUUUUACACAACACUUGUACUAACUGGAACAGCAAUUACGAGAGACAUGAACCAGUGAUGUCUUAGUCAAUAACUUGAGAUGUUAGAUCUUCAGUGAAGGGAAAGAUUAUCACUGAAUAACAAUGUAAAGUUCAGUCUUUUCUUCACACUGAGCCAUUGUAUUACUUAAAAUAUAAUGUACAAGUCAAGUCAUAUGCAUCAUUUUAUGGUGCUCUUAAGUCAUUAUUUUGGUCCAUUUUGGAGCUUGACAGGCUGUAAACUGUUCUAUAGAAGAGAAGAAAAAUCAUGAAAGUAGUCUAUGUGAUUUAUGUUAAAUUAUUUCUGAAUCUAUACUGUAGAUUUGUGCAUGAAAUUCUCCACUUUAAACUGGUAUGACAAUUACGACACAAGAAUCGUUGGGAUUUUGUUGAGCCAGUGUCAAGGCGCAUCAUUUUUUGAAACCAUUAGCAAAUAAGAUUUCAGAGCUUUGGCAGAUGGAAAGAUUAUCAUUGAAUAACAAUGUAAAUUUCAGUCUUUUCGCUCUCACAACAAGCCAUCGUAUUACUUGAAAUAUACACACAAGUCAUAGGGAUGACUAUUUGUGAAAUAAGUCUUUUUGGAGCUUCACAGCCUAUGAAUUGUUCUAUAGAAAAAAUAUAAUGCCAUGAAAGUAGUUUCUGUGAGUUGUGCCGAUAUAUUACAAGUCAUCUGAUUUUAUAUGAUCGUUUUGUGCAAGGUAUUCUUCAUGGCAUGCCAAUUAUAAAAUGCAAGAACCAAUAGCAUUCUGGCCAUGAAACCACACAAUUUUUGAAAAUGAGUUGUCACAGCUUUGGCAGAUGGAGAGAUUGUCAGUGAAUAACAAUGUCUAUUUCAGUCUUUUUGUAUUACUUGACAUACAACACACAAGUCAUGCUAACUUUUAUGGUGAUUUUAAG